AUGCGCCUCGCCGGCGGCGCCGGCUCCCCGCGGGCCGUGCCCUCACCCGGCAAUGGCAGCCGGUGGCGGGCGGCGGAGCCCGGCGGCGGCAGCAGCCCCAGUCCCGAGGCGUGGUCGGGGUCGCCGAACGGCAGCCUGGGCGGCUGGGACCCCUUCGGGCGGGACGAGGAGCUGGCCAAGCUGGAGAUCGCGGUGCUGGCCGUCACCUUCGCCGUGGCGGUGGUGGGCAACGGCAGCGUGCUGCUGGCGCUGCGGCGCACGCCGCGCAAGGCGUCCCGCAUGCACCUCUUCAUCCGCCACCUCAGCCUGGCCGACCUGGUGGUGGCCUUCUUCCAGGUGCUGCCCCAGCUCUGCUGGGAGGUGACCCACCGCUUCCACGGCCCCGACGGGCUCUGCCGCGUCGUCAAGCACCUGCAGGUCUUCGGCAUGUUCGCCUCGGCGUACAUGCUGGUGGCCAUGACCGCCGACCGCUACAUCGCCGUCUGCCACCCGCUGAAGACGCUGCAGCAGCCCACCAAGCGCUCGUACGGGAUGAUCGCGGCGGCCUGGGCGCUCAGCCUGCUGCUCAGCACCCCGCAGUACUUCAUCUUCUCCCUUAGCGAAGUGGAGCGCGGCUCGCAGGUCUACGACUGCUGGGCGCACUUCAUUAUGCCCUGGGGGCCCCGCGCCUACAUCACCUGGAUCACCGGCGGCAUCUUCAUCGCGCCUGUCCUCAUCCUCAUCAUCUGCUACGGCUUCAUCUGCUACCGCAUCUGGCGCAACGUGCGGGGCAAGACGCGCCCGGGGGAGGCGGCAGCAGCGGCUGGCGGGCGCCGGGCAGGUGAUGAAGGUGGCCCGCGACGGGGGCUGCUGCUCGCCCCUUGUGUCAGCAACGUCAAAACCAUCUCCCGCGCCAAGAUCCGCACCGUCAAGAUGACCUUCGUCAUCGUCUCGGUGUACGUCGUUUGCUGGGCGCCCUUCUUCACCAUCCAGAUGUGGUCCGUGUGGGAUCAGCGCUUCCCCUGGGUCGAUUCUGAAAACACUGCAACUACUGUUACAGCUCUGCUGGCCAGCCUGAACAGUUGCUGUAACCCGUGGAUCUACAUGUUCUUCAGUGGGCACCUCCUCCAAGACUGCCUACAGAGCUUCCCUUGCUGCCAAAAAAUAAAGCAAACGCUGAGUAAAGAAGAUUCAAACAGCAAUAGCAGGCGACAGACUUCUUUCACCAACAACAGAAGCCCGACCCACAGCCUAAACACGUGGAGGGAGAUGCCCCACUCCAGAUCGAGCAGCUUCAUCCCCAUCCCAACGUGAGACAGCCCUCAGGGCAGGCAGGCCUUGCAGUCCUGUCACACUGCUUGGGAAGGUUGUGGCAUGGACUUUCUGCCAAUCCAGGCCACCAUCAUGGUACCAAGGAAUGACUAAGAUGGUCAAGAGACAAAAAGUGCCCCCUUGCUUGAUAAGCUAUGCUGCAGUAUGUAAAUUAUUUUCUCGAAGUUUUUUAGGAUUUGGGCAACUGAUCAGGAAGGUGUGGCAACGAUAAAGCAGUUAUUUUUUUAAGUAGAAUUUAUUUUAAUUUUUGUCUGUUCCUAAAAUACUAAGUGCAUUGUUGCUUGCUGUUUAAAACAGUCAAAACAAUGGAGCUGUCAUGUGUUGGGCUAACUCCACUCUAGUGUUAAUGCAUAAAACUUUUCAUGAUUGUCUGAUGAAGUCACAGGGAAAGAAGAUAAUUUGAGCAAGAUUACAGUUUAGUCUUAAACAUUACCAGAAAGGAGUUGAGAAAAAGUCUUGGCUGUCCAGAUAAGGAAUGGAGUUAGACAGACUCUGAGCUGCUGAAUUCAGUUGCUUGUGAUGCUUCAUCUUGUAAAGAUCUAGCAGUUCUCAGACACUGAAAUUCAACAGCCCUUGUGAAGGCAAAUCUUUUAGUGCUGUCCAUGUCUCUAUGUGUAUUGUGGGGUUUUAUUUUUGGGGUGACAUUUCCUCUGCCCUUGAUGUUGAUGGAAAUUAUACAGCAUAUUUGUGUGUGCGUGUGUAUUGUUGCACCUACUUUCAUUUUUUUAAACUAACUUUAAAAAUAUAUGUUGAUAAAUAAGUAUGAUACACUAUGACUAACUCAGCACUGUUACAAACAGUCACACCAAGAAAACUCAUAAUGAAUACCAGAACCACUUGCUUUAUUGGUAGGAAUGCCAUCUUUUCUUUUUUAAUUCACUAGGACAUCUAGGAUCAUGCUACAUUGCUAGGUUGUCAAGCAAAUAGCCUCACAAGCUCAGAAGAGUGUAGCCAUUUGGUAAGAGCUGUAGAACCAGUGCAUUUCAAGACACAGAUCUGAGAAUCAAACUUACAAGUCUUCUGGGAACAUAUAAAAAUUGUCAAUGUUGUCGUCUUGUCUUUUUCUGUUACUAUUUUUUGUUGCCAGCUCAUGAAAAUUGUCUUAAAAAUUGUCAGUAAGCUGCAAUAAAAAGUCAUCACAGCACAUCUGGUAAUUACAAAGCAUUCAAGGUGUGCUUGUUUUCAAUACAAUGCAUGUUAAACUGACUGCAGUUCAUUUAUAUGGUAAACAAUCCUUUUACAUCUUUCCCUGGAGCCUGUCUCCUAUAUUGAGGUUGGGUUUUGAAGCUCCUGACGUAAGUUUUGCUGAGUUUUUAAGUCUUGAGAAUCUCUUAGAGAAGUACAGCUACCUGUCUGCUCUGUUUUCCUGAACUUGCCGGAUCCUGAAAUCCAGGAGCUCCCCUGGCCCCCUGCAGGACUGCUGACACAAUCCCAGCUGGCUGCUGGAGCAC